UCCACCUGACGUACCCUACGCAGGGCCGCCCGCUCUCAAUGCCUGAUCGCUUUGAGGGUGCCGAGGCCUGACCUGCCUCCCCAGUUCGGGGCCACCCAGUGGGCCGGCCCGGCUGCAGGGCCCCUUGGCAGCCGGGCCGCAGCCACAUCACAGCUCAGCUGGCCGCCCUGCCCUGCUUUCUACCCGGACUUCUCCCACAAGCCAUGCACGUUCCGGAGCCCAAUCCCCAAAUCCUGUUUCUGAGCAACUCGCUCAAUGCAAACAGGAGGCUUUGCGUUUAAGUGUUUUGUUGAGAAGUAGAGAAACCAACAGACACCAUGUUAACAGUACGGCUAAAACAUCUCCAGGAACAAGGCUCAGUCGGCAGAGCAUGCAAUUCUUGAUCUUGGGGUUGUAAGUUCAAGCCCCAUGUUGGGUGUAGAGACUACUUAAAAUCUCUGAAAGAAAAAACCAUCUCCAGGAACAGGACAGACUGAUAUCACGUACCUCCUGACAGUGCAUCAAGAAAAACACAGGGCCAUUCCCCUGCCCCUCCUGCUCAAAGCACAUGAUCGAUUAUAAUCAGCUGAAAUGUCAGAUAAAAUCAAAUCAGUGGACUUCUGCAAAAUAACUGGCCUGUGCUCAUGAAAGACAAAGAUCUGUAAACUGAAGAACUCUUCCAGGCUAAAGGAGACUGAAUGCCCUUGACAGUGAACACAACACAGAAUCCUGGAGUUUCUUUCACCAUAAGGACAGCCUACUUCUCCCUGCAGGUGAUCUCUGCACGCAGAGCCUUCCGCGUGUCGCCGCCGCUCACCACCGGCCCGCCCGAGUUCGAGCGUGUCUACCGAGCCCAAGUGAACUGCAGCGAGUACUUCCCGCUGUUCCUCGCCACGCUCUGGGUCGCCGGAAUCUUCUUUCACGAAGGUGUGGCGGCCUUGUGCGGUUUGGUCUACCUUUUCGAGCGUCUCCGCUACUUUCAGGGCUACGCGCGCUCGCCGCAGCAAAGGCUGGCUCCCCUGUACCUGAGCGCGAGCGCGCUCUGGCUGCUGAUAUCGCUGGCGGCGCUCGGCCUGCUAGUCCACUUUCUCCCGGCCGCGCUGCGCGCCUCGCUCCUUGGACCGUUUCGGACGCUGCUGCCCAGGGUUUGAGAUGGAGGACGCCAGGUCGACGGAACGGGAGAAAAGCCAGAGCUUCCGGGAGGACAAGGGAGGGGGUGCUCUCUUUAUCCUUAAUCUUCAAUUAAAGUGCCGGUAACCGGG